AGACAUUAGCUGUUAUGAAUUCGAUCUGACUAAAUUAGUUCAUUUAUCAAUCCGUAAGGUAGCGUAUCCAAGUGGAAGAUUUCCCAAUAUAAUAUUAUUUAAUAAUUAAAUAAUAACUUGAUGGCUUUUAUUUAUUAAAAAUUGCGGUUAUGGAAGAUCACUUGGUUCAAAAAAUUAUAUCAAUGAUGAAUGAUAAACCAAAAGAAGAGACUAACUGGGAGAAGUUAUUUGAAGAAAAUCUUCAGCAAAUGAUUGAUAAUGGGGGGAUUCCUAUAAAAUAUGAAUCAAAAGAUGAAGAAAUUGCAAUCAAGAAAAUAAAUGUUGGAAAUCAAAUGAUGUCGAUUGCACCACUGAACGAAGUGAUCAAAAUUUAUAAUGAAGCAAUAGCCUAUGCACUACCUGGCUCAGAAGUAUUAGCUCGUGUAUUUGCUAAUAGAUCAGCAGUUUUAACAAACGGUGCAAUGUAUGAAGAUUCAUUGAAAGAUAUUGAGAGAACGUUAAAAAUUGGGUAUCCAGAUAAUUUGAAGGCUAAGUUAUACGCACGGAAAGCCAAAAAUUUAUUGGCUUUGAACCAAAAAAUGUGCCCUGAAGUUGAAGAAGCGAUAGCUCAAGCUAACAUGUGGAUUGAAAAAAUGGAUGAUAGUAAUAAAAAAAAAGUUUUAAGCAGUCUAGAUCAACUACAGACACAAUCGCUCAAGAAACCGGUAAAAAAAUGGGAUGACAUCAUAUUCAUGCCUAAAAUUACUAGUGAAAAUCCAAAAAUUUUAAGAGCGUCCCACGCUAUCGACAUACAGCAAUCUGAAAAAUUUGGCCGUCAAAUUGUGGCCACGAAAGAUAUUAAAGCGGGAGAAGCUGUUAUGAUACACAAAGCUUAUUCAACAACACUAUUGACAGAAUAUUGGCACACCUUUUGCUGGAACUGCGUUAAGUUUACCUUUAGUUGUGUUCCAUGCAACCAAUGCACAAACUUCGUCUACUGCAAUGAAAACUGUCGUGAUGAAGCUUGGAAAGACCACCAUGAGAUCGAAUGCCAAGUUAUACAUAGUCUUGUGGCUUAUGAUAAAAUAAACAUAGAAAUGAACCUUGUAAGUCUGCGACUAUUGAUAAGAGCUCUUAAAGAGUAUGGAAAUGUAGAAGCUUUAUAUAAAAAAGUCCAAGAUCUUGAACAGAUAGAAGACACAAUUGAUAAAAGCCUAACUGAAGGAAUAUUUGAUGAUAGCAAGUAUGCUAGUAUAUACGCAUUGUUACGAAAAGAUAUAAACUCAAUGGAAUCAGAACUUUUUACCAGAAAAUCUAUUGAAACACUCUAUAUGUUAGCGGCGACAACGGAAAUAUUUGGUAAAAAAAUUAAUAAGAUGAGCGAGUUAAAAAACAUGAAAUAUGCUAUUUUUAUUGCCAAAUUACUUAUUCAACAUAUAGCAAUCGCUCGCACUAAUUCUAUUAGGAUGAUGCCAAAGGUAAUGUGAUAAGAUCCUGCGGAGUUUUAUUGUCACUUUUAAGUUUGUUCAAUCAUAGUUGUGAU